AUGAAGUUCCUCUUCGUUGGUUCACUCCUGGUAACGGGCGUCUCCGCCAUCCCCACGCCGGCGCCGGCCCCUGUUUCCUACGACGACGGCCAAUAUGAGCGGUCUCUCUUUCAUACCUGGACCACCGUCAACGGCACCUGCGACACUCGUGAAUUCGUCUUGAAGCGGGAUGGCACCAACGUCGUGACCAACAGCGCCUGCACCGCCACGUCGGGGACCUGGUUCUCACCCUACGACGGGGCGACCUGGACCGCCGCGUCCGACCUCGACAUCGACCACAUGGUCCCGCUGAAGAACGCCUGGAUUUCCGGCGCUAACACCUGGUCGACCGCCAUGCGCACCCAGUUCGCCAACGACAUUGACAACCCCCAGCUGUGGGCGGUCACAGACAAUGUCAACGAGAGCAAGGGCGACCAGUCGCCCGACGAAUGGAAGCCUCCCCUUGCGUCCUUUCACUGCACAUACGCCAAGAGCUGGGUGGCGGUCAAGUACGCGUACGACUUGAGCAUCACGUCGGCUGAGAAGUCGGCUUUGACUAGCAUGCUGGACACUUGCUGA